CGCUGAGCGUAGUUUAUUACUAGCCUAACAGUCGUAGAUAAUAGUCGGUCUUGUUGCUCCGUUUAACAAUAGGUAUAUCAUAAAAAUAUUUUUUGUGGCUUGCUAUAAAUAGUGCUGUAUAAAUUAUUAAUACAACUGUAUUUUACGAAACUGAAGUUGAACUUUCAAGUUGAAAGCUCAAGUGACGUAGCUUUUACAAGUCAUUUGACAAGAAAAUUAAAAAGUUUUUUGACAAAUCGUACGUCAUUCAUUCAAAAUGGCGGUGAAGGUGCAAUGCGGUGUUUCCGCGGUAACGAGAAAUGUAGAAUUAUGAUUUAAAAGCAAGCAAAAACUAUAAAUAAAUGUUAGUGAGUGUGUCUUGUUAGUGCUCGUGUUGUAUUAAUUAUCUUCACACUCCCAUAUUCUCUGAAAUUUUUUUGUUCGUGUUCCUAACGUGAUGUUGCGACGAGUCAACUUUUACUUAAUAUGUUGCGCAUUCGGUCUCAGUGUUCUUCUUAUUCUUGCUGGGAGUCGAUAUGCCGAUAACACAUAUUAUCGUCCGUCCAUCGAAAACCGGAGAAAUAUCAGGAAUUUUUUAAAAGUCGACGAUCCAUUGGAUGAUAUGUACAUGCAAUCGGUGACUACGAACUCCUACAAUGGUUCCCCGGAUAUCGAAAAAAUAUUGAACAAAACAAGGUAUCAAAUUAAAUAUAAUCUAUCAAAGUAUAACUUUUCUAAAUCUGGUGUUCGUGAGUUAGAAGAUUUAGUCAUGGAAUCAGGAGGUAAGCCUCUUCACCAUUUAAUUGUAUCAACAUGGAGAUCGGGAACCACAUUCCUUGGGGAACUAUUGAACUCUAUCCCUGGUACAUUCUAUUAUUAUGAACCAUUCAUGAAAGAUGGAGAAGUUCAAAAAAGGGGGCCACUAGAUGCUGACCGUGCCUUGACCGUAAUGAAAGAUAUGUUUAAAUGUAGAUAUACAGAUAAAGAUUACUAUGAAUAUGGGAAGAAGAGAAUAAACCAGUUUAGCCAUAACACAAGACUAUGGGACCAUUGUAAAUAUAAGAGAGAACUGUGUUAUGAUUCUGAAUUCACAUCACGUUUGUGUAGACUGUUCCCUUUCAUGAUAAUGAAGGUGUUGCGUGUCAGGUUACGUCUCAUCCAAUCUCUAUUAGAUGAUAAGGAGCUUAAUUUGAAGGUGCUACUCCUAAUCCGUGAUCCUCGAGGUGUGAUGGAGUCUAGACGGCAUCGUUCAUGGUGUCCGCCGUCUCCAGACUGCUGGAACCCUUCACUUGUCUGUGCUGAUAUGAUUAGUGAUUAUGUGGCAGCAGGGAGAUUACUCCAGCAAUAUCCUGAUAAACUCAUGGUUUUACGGUACGAAGAGCUGGCACUGAAGCCUAAUGUUACAGCACAUCGAAUCCUAAAGUUCCUAAAGGUAGAUAACACGCCGCAAAUGAGUGAGUUUCUGCAGACCCACACGAACGUAGAAGUCGCCGGCGUCAGUUCCACUUUCAGAGUCUCGCGCGAGGUGCCUUUCCGCUGGAAGUAUAUCCUCGACUUUGAUUAUGUUGAAAAAGUACAGAUGGCGUGUAAAGAAGCCAUGCUUUUGUGGGGUUACCGGCUGGCAUACAAUGCUACUCAUAUGAAAAGCACAGAAUUCAACCCUAUAGAGGACUACACAAUCUCACAGUGAACUGCUAACUUCUUCUUACCAUGGAACAUUUAUCUUUGAAAACGUAUAUGUGAAAAAGUAAACAUCCACUUUUUAUACUGUUCCAUAACUAUUGCUCCUGAAAAAUAAUGGCUGUUUCCUGAUAUUUAAUGGGGCAUUGCUAUUGCAAGACUUAAGGUACGCCAGAUAUUAAUUUACUUGUUUCGUGGCUUCGUGUCAUCAAAUAAGCUCCAAAAGCAGACUUGUAUUGAAAAAUGUGAUUAAUAGUUUUAAAGAUAUUUUAAAAAUUCCAAAGCAAUUAAAACUCAUUAUGUUUAAAUUAAUCUCGGAUUAUUUAAUGAUCGAUUAGUAGCGUGCAUACUGGAGUAUUAUUUCAACUUACGUAGGACUGAGGCUAGUCGUUUCCUGUUUAUUUCUCUUUAAGACUGAUCACGUUUCCAUCGAUCCUAAUCUUCCAUACAUUUUACACGACAAAAAAUUGCGCUUUUAUAUAUAUUCCAAUUGAGAAAUGUACUUCGUAGUUAUAAUUAGUGAACUCUGGUUGUGUAUAGCACUGCAGGUGUGUCAUUAUAUCAAAAUGUAAAAGAUGGACCAUUAAUGAUGUAGAGGCCAAAAUUGCUUGAACAAGCUAAGUGCUCCUUGAUAAUGUAAUGCUCAAGCAAUUUUCCUCAUCAUUCAUGUAAAUGCAUUUAAUUAUUAAGCUUAGGCAACUUCGCACUCACGGAAUUGACCGAUUGUUAAUGCUUCCAUUAUAGACACGUAUAGUUUAGAGAUGCAUUAUUUUUUAAAGUAUUAUCUUGUAAGGGUACUAACAGUGCUCUUCUAUUUAGCCAUAGUCAGAUGCGUCACGUGUAGGGUUGCUAGUAGUAAUACUACUACUUUUGCAAUGGAUUUAUAAUUUUGUAACCAAUUAUAGAUAUUAGUUUGAAUUUGAUAAUACUCAGGGUAGAAUCGUCCAAUACCAGUUGUAGCUAAUAAUAGUUCGCAAGAGAUUAUAUGAAAUAGGAAAUGCAACCCUACUUAACUAAUAAUAAUGAACCGUAAGAUCAUGCUGUGUACUGUUAAAAAAGUUGGCUGAUGGCUACAUAGACACUGUAAACUAAACAAUAUUGAAAAUUAGAUGAGUGAGUAGACGAUGAGGCUAUUUGGCGGUAAGCCUAUUGUGAUAAAAUAUAACGUUGCUAUAUUUGGUGACGAGUCAAUACACCAUUACAGACACCAAUUUAUGAAAUACAUAAUUAUGUUAAGCGUAUAUCGCGCGUGUGCGAUACCCGUUCCGUUUACCUAACAUAUUGUAGCGUAAACAAUACGAGACAAGUUUUAGAAAGUGAACGUAAUCUCCGUCCAUGAGAUAGAAAUGCGAUCCACGAUAUUAACGAUCCUUUAUGCAUCAGGAAGCCGUCAAGUUCCUCAACUUUUCAAAUUAUACGUAAGUUACGAUUGCAGACUUACAACAAUUACAAUAUAGUAUAGAUACAUUUAUAACUGAGAUAAUAAUAUAUGGAAUAUCAUAGACUUAGUCGUUUGCUUUUAGACAAUAUUUUGGAUAGAGGAAACUGAUAUUGUUAUGCUUUGCAUAAAGUGAUACAAAUCCAAAAGUCAAAUUAUCGUGCUCAGAUGUCGUAUGGACACAUAGAUGCCUACAAGCGUAUACGUCAUUUGCGAUGUACUAUGUGACCCAUGUAGAGUCGGAUACUAGUAUUUUAUAAUGUUCAUUAUGGGCUACAUUACACUGGCAUGCAUCAUAACAAAAACAAAAAAGUUUAAAGUUGCUUUUUGCUUACAAAUAAUGAAAAUUUUACGCACAUCGGACUGUAUACAAUAUGCAGUAAUUGUGGACCAUUUUACAUGGGACACUUAGUAUUCCUGUAGGUAUAAGUACGCUAACAAUUAUCAAACGAAUGGAACUAUUAACGUAGUGAGAACUCAUUAAGUGCACUUGAUUAUAAGGUAGUAACAAUUAGGAUAAAGAUAUUUGAUUAAAUCAAUAAUGUUGAAUGUAUUCAGUUACGUGAAAUCUUUUAUUUAUUUUUUUCUUUGUAACUUACGUCGAUAACAUCGAACUACAUAAUUAUUAUGUAUUUGUAUAUCAUAAAAAGUUUCAUUUUUUCUCGAAAUAUAUGGAAAUUAAUUUAUUAUUAGAAUUUAAGCUAUAGCCUUUAAUAUUUGCUAUACACGCCUAUUUUGCCGAAACUGUCAACAGUGGGCGUGGAUUGCAAUUGGGUAUUUGACUAAAGAGUCUAAUUAAUUUAUCAGACAUUCUUGGAGGUAUUAGAAGUAACAUAGGAUACUUUUUAUUAAGAAAUAAAAAAUAACGAAAAAAUCAAAAAUUGUUUCAACGCCAUCUAGCGGUUCAGCUACGAAGCUCCCAACUCUUGAGUGCUGUAAUACCGGUGCACUGUUUUACCGACGGUCACGUCAAAAUCCAAUCAUGAAAUUAACAAACAUGAACUACCACGCGCUGUAAACUGAAGCCCACGGGGACGGAGUCGCGGGCAACAGCUAGUUUUUAAAUAAAAUAAGUUGAUAUCUUGUGUUAUUUCACUUAUCAGUACAAUUUUAACCGAAAACUGACGUUAUUAGCCCUAAGUGUUUAAUGAUUGUAUAAACGUAUGGAAUAUUUCAUAGAAAUUUAUCUGAUGGACUAAUUAGAUUUUUCAAACAAAUACCCUAUUUAUUGAAGAUUUUACUUAAAAUAUAAUUUGAACUUUGUCUCUCUAUAGUAAGUAGUUAGUUAUACAAAUAACGAAUGGUGUAGGUGAGCGACAGACAAGUUUACUUGUGCUACUCAUCGUUCGCGUACACCAGGACCUAAGGAACGAAGCUUACAAAAACACGUAAUGUCAAUAAACGCCAUCAAUUACUAAUUAAGAUAACAUGCUUCCUGAUAGAUCUGACAAUAUAAUAUUCUGUUAUGCCUUAACGAAAUACUGGUAGUGAUAUAGGUAAGAAUUAUUAUUGAAUUGCAUAUUAGUAAUUAUACAUAAUUAUUUAUAAAUAAUGUUCUGGUGGCUGGCUGGACCCAGUGUAGAUUUUUUAUCAUAUCAUUAGCAUAUCAUAAGGUAUACACUUAUUGUAAAAUGUUUAUUCACAAGUUUGCUUAUAUUAAUGAUCGAAAUAUUAUUGAAAUGUCGCAUUUUUACUUAUUGCUUGAUUUAGACGUGCCGUGUGUUGUUAUUUUCGGUUGUUUUAGUCGUUUUGAUGUUUCAUAACUAUUAUAUUUUGUACAUAUUUUAUACAUCAUUAUGUUUUGAAUAUUGCGUAAAUAUAAACGUUAGGUUAUAAGUUAUAGCGGGUCUCAUCUAAUAUUUAUUUGAAAUGAAAUGGGUUUUGCUUCUAUUAAGAACAUACUUUAAAGUAUUUUAGUUCUUCUUGGGUUGUUUGGGUGUUGCAAAACAAUAAUUUUUAUAUGGAUUUUUCCAUGGGUGUAUAAAUAUAAUUUUAGGUAAAGCAUAGAUUAGAAGCAUCAAUAAAUAUAUUGUAUGAACUGUAAUGAACUAGUUGAUUUUAUAAGAAUGCUGGCGAAUUUAUAUAACUGCAUAAUAUUAUGUAAUCCACUAGAUUCAAAUCAAUAAUAAUAAUUAUAUCGAGUUAAUUUAUAUCGUGCAUUACUAAAAUAUGCAAGCAAUAAUAAAAACAACUGCAUACAUAUUGGCCCAUACUUGAGAGUGCAAGUGAUAGAAUUUAAGGGUAGCCUUAUUAGAAUAAGAGUUACGAUUGAAUGAAUAACAAUGUUGAAGUUUUAAUCUGUAGAUAGUAAUAGCACGGCCGGCGUUAUUAUUGCAAACAUUGUAUUAUCUUUUUUUGAAGUUAAUAAAGUUACAAUAAAUA